AUGAUUGUUCAUCGAGGUUUCGGCCGCGUCCUGGUCCUAAUUGCCCUAUUUUUCGCUGCUGAGAAGCACGAUAGCACGCAUUUGGAGCCUGUAUGGAUCGCUUUGGUGUCGUUCGCAUGUCACAUGUUCGGCGUGGGGUGGACGGGCUGUGGCAUCAAUCCUGCCAGUGCUUUUGGUCCACAUGUCACAGUCGCGUAG